AUGGACGGGGUUUUUACACGUGGGGAUCUAACACAUAUUCAUGCAGCCCCGUCGUAUAUACGAGGCAAUGAUGGGUCAUGGGUGAAAACGUCUAGUAGAGGUACUCGGCAACUAGUCGUGAACGGGCAUCCUUUCAUCUGCAGAAGCUACUGCCUGAACCAUAUAAAGAAGACCUGGAAAUGCGCCAGCAGUUCUGACUGCACCGCAAAAGUCCACACCCUUGAAGAUAAGAUCGUUAUCCUAAAUAAUGAUCACAGCCAUCCAUUAAACAACUCAUAUGGUCAACACAAAUUCACCUUUUCAUAA